AUGUUUAGAAAUGUAUCAAAGUGUCUAAAGAACAAUACAACGAUCUUAUUGAAUUGUCAGAAACAUAGAAAUGGAGGUGUCAUUGUGAACAGCUAUAACAGUAACAGCAGUAAUAGUAGUAGUAGUAAUCAAUGGGGGUUUGGAUACUCUUCUACACAAAGUCAGAGAUACUUUGCAUCGAGUAAUACUACUCCAUCCCCAUCUUCAUCUUCUUCAUCCUCUUCUUCUUCUUCUUCUUCUUCAGAUAAACAAAAGAAAUUAAAGAAAGUAACAGUCAUCGAUGAUAAACUAAGAAAUACAACGUCGACCAAGGAAUUGGUUAUCAGCGACUUGGAACACAAAGAAGAAUUGACACCUCUAUCGGUACCAGUCGAAUCGUUUAUUAAACCACAACCACUAGCACAACAACCAAUACAACCAAUACAACCAUUUCCACCAGCACCACCCGUAUCUGAACAACCUGCAGGAGGUGCUAGUUCAACUCCAGGUUAUAUGGUAUCACCAAAUGAAUCUGACCCAUUAUUGGAUCCUAUUAUUAAAGUAUUUUCUGUAUUGGCAUCACCUAACCAUUUUACACCUUGGCAAAUGAGAACACAAAAAGAAGUAACUGGAAGUGGAUUUGUAAUCAAGGGUAAGAGAAUUUUAACCAAUGCACAUGUUGUAGCGGAUCAAACAUCGAUCAUGUUGACAAAGUUUGGUAAUCCAAACAAGUUUAAUGCGAGAUUGUUGGCAAUUGCACACGAGUAUGAUUUGGCCAUGUUGACAGUAGACGACGAUGCAUUUUGGGAGGGUAUUGUACCACUCGAGUUGGGUGAUAUUCCAGAGUUGCAAGACACGAUUACAGUGGUUGGAUUUCCGACGGGAGGUUCAAACAUUUGCGUCACUCAAGGUGUAGUGUCGCGUAUCGAUCUACAACAAUACGCACAUAGCGAGAGUCGUCUGUUGUCGAUUCAAAUCGAUGCAGCCAUCAAUCCGGGUAAUUCGGGUGGUCCCGCACUCAUGAAUGGCAAGGUGAUUGGUAUUGCUUUCCAAAAUCUGGCUGGCGCCUCUUCCAUUGGAUUUAUCAUUCCUACACCGGUAGUCAACCGUUUCCUACAAGACAUUGAGAAGAAUGGAAAGUUUACGGGUGAACCAAUGAUGGGUAUCAUGACACAAUCACUUGAUUCGGUGCCCAAGAAAUACUAUAAAAUUCCAGAUGGUAUGACGGGUAUUCUCGUAAAUGAAAUACAUCCAUUGUCACGUGCACGUAAUGUAUUGGCGCUGCAAGAUGUGAUUACGCAUAUUCGCGGUGUGCCAAUUGCCAACGAUGGCUCGAUAGCAUUCCGUCGUCGUGAGAGAAUCUCUUACGAAUACCUCCUCUCCUCACGAUUCAUUGGUGACACGAUCGACGUCACGGUCUUUAGAAAAGGAGAGUCGCUUCAACUGACCAUCCCACUGGUUCCCCAGAUUCGUGUCGUUCCCUACCAACUAUACGAUCGUCGUCCCAGCUACUUUUUCCACGCAGGCUUUGUUUUUCUCCCCGUUACCUAUCCGCUCCUCACCGAAAUCUCAGAGGAUCUCGCACCCACCUAUCGUCGCGUCUAUGAAAAGGUGGACAAUAUCACUUCACCAGACUAUCAAAUAGUCGUCAUUGCACAGGUUCUCAUCGACAAGAUCAAUUACGGCUACUCUUCAUUUGGUCUUUGCGAAGUCAAAAAGGUCAACAAUAUCCCAAUCAAAAAUCUUAAACAUCUUGUAGAAUUAAUUGAAUCAAAUACAAAUCAAUAUCUUGUAAUAACUUUAGAACAUGAUUAUUUAAUCAUUUUGGAUAGAGAUGAAGUUAUGGAAGCAAAUAAGAGAAUUAUGGCUCAACAUGCCAUUCCAUCAGCAAAAUCAGAUGACCUUAAAAAUAUAUAA